AUGGCCGUGGAAAGUUUCCAACGAUUUCUUUCAAUUACCCAAGUCACCGACACGAAUGACGGCCUUCCUGGACCACCUGGUGCUGAUUGCUUCACUGGUCGAGGUGCACCAGGAUUGCCUGGACCGACUGGCUUACCUGGGAAGCGUGGUCCACCUGGAGCCGACGGGGAUCACGGAUCUUGUGGAGCACCUGGCGAAGAAGGGCCAGCUGGCUCUCCUGGAUUGGACGGCCUUCCUGGAUUUGAUGGCGCUAUUGGACCGGUUCGUUAUGGAUCAUUGACCUCUUCUGUUGAGAAGGUAUUGGCUAAAUUGGCAGGAGAGCAAGGCGAUCCCGGAAAUGAUGGUGACUACUGCAGUUGCCCUGUUCGUGGGAAAUAUCCAGAAAAAUUUAAGUUCAGGUUUUGA